AUGGUAUCCAACGGCACAAACGGCACAAACGGUACCAAUGGUCAUACCAAUGGUCAUACCGAUGGCUAUUCCGAUGGCUACAUUGUGGACCAGAAAGAUAUCAGCCCCGUCAAUGGUCUCCCCUUCUACAAGCCAAUUCCUGCAGACAUCACGAUCAACAACCACAAGGACGGCGACAAGGGCAAGAUCUUGUUCAAAAAUGUCAACAUCUUCGACUCAACCGGAGCCGACCUUUAUCCCGGAGACGUUUUGAUCGAAGGGGAACGUAUUAUGCAGGUCGGAAAAUUCGAAUUCACCCCUGACAAUGACACGCUGGUUAUCGACGGCAAGGGCACAAAAACCAUCAUGUCAGGUCUCGUGGAUGCACACACUCACCUUAGUUGGAACAAUUCUCCCACUCUGGAUGGUUUGACCAGUCUUCCAAUCGAAGAGCACGUUCUGCAUACGGCCAAUUCUGCAAAGACUUAUCUUGAUUGUGGAUACACGAUGUGCUUCGGUGCCGCUGCAGCACAGGUUCGACUUGAUCUCGUCGUCAAGAACGCCAUCAAAGAAGGCAUGAUCCCCGGGCCGCGCACUUUGUCCAACUGUCAAGAAAUCACCACCACCGGAGGGGCCAUUGUCCCCAGCAUCAGCAAGUUUGCAGACGGUGAAGACGCAAUGCGCAAGGUGGUCCGAGAGUUCAUCGCCUAUGGGGUCGACAACAUCAAACUGAGCAUGACGGGAGACUAUGUCCACCCAACCAUGGGCUCCACCGAGACUUACUUCACCCUCAGAGAAACCAAGGCAGCCGUGGAAGAAGCUCAUAAUCGCGGGAAGCGGAUAUGUGGCCACUGCCGCUCCAAAGAAUCAGUCAAGCUGGCCUGCCUCUCUGGAAUCGAUGUUAUCUACCAUGCAAGCUUUACCGACGAAGAGGGCUUAGACAUGCUGGAGAAGCUCAAGGAUCGAGUGUUUGUUGCUCCUGCGAUCAACUUCCCGUACACCUCAUGUACCGGUGAAGCGAUCCCAUACGGUCUAACCCCGGAGAUGGCUGCAAAGAAAGGGUUGAAGCACGAGGUCGACAUGGCUUGCAAGGCCAUGUCGGAGUUGCGAAAGCGUGGGGUGAGAGUGUUGCCGGGUGGUGACUACGGCUUUGCUUGGGCUCCUCAUGGUACCUAUGCUCGAGAUCUUGCGCACUUUGUCAAUUUGUUUGGCUACACACCCAAGGAGAGCUUGAUCGCCGCAACGGCUUGGGGAGGUGAGAUCAUGGGCCACCCCGAGGAACUUGGAAAGGUUCAACCAGGAUACUAUGCAGACCUCAUUCUGGUGGACGGGAAUCCACUGGAAGAUAUUGAGAUCUUCCAGGAUACGUCAAAGCUACAUGUCAUCACCCUCAACGGUCACAUACACAAGAAUGUCGCUGUGGCAGGCGCCGACGGUCAGAGCUUGACGGCAGAGGGCGCCCCGUCCAAGCGAACCAUUUACACCAAUCUUCCACUGGUACCCGAGAAGGAGCAGAGGGAGCUUUCUCAGACGGCAAUGAAAGAAGGGAUUGGUAUCGAUCCACGGGCAUUGUAA